AUGGGCACCCAGCGGAUAGAACAAGUUCGUUCUUGUAGCCCAUGUCAAUUAGUGCGCAUGAAUGCUGCAGUGUCAGAGGAUACACCAUCUGCUACUCCCCUGUGGGCUCUCUCGAGAAAGAACAUGCACCUAAAUGAAUCCGACACGAAUUUUGUGACAUGUGCUAGAUUGCUUGACCAAAACGAAAACCGAGUCAUUGGACCAAUCCGUCUAAAGGAUGGACUUUUUUUUGGUCCACCCUCUGUAUCUGUUGACUAUGGAUUUCUGGAGGCCAACAAAGUAUCUCAUAUUGUGGCUAUUGACGAAGGAUCACCGCGGAGAAUCGAACAAACACGGUCCUGCGCGAAUUCGGGCAAGACAAACUCGAUGCCAUCCCGUAGCCUUACGCUCUACUGGAAUAUCAAAGAGAAAUCCCAGGAUCCAAACAUUAUUGAACAAAGACUAGUAGACAUGGCAGCAGCUGUUGCUUUUAUAGAGGAAGCCAACGAACUCGGAGGAAGCUGUUUACUGCACUCCUCCAAUUGUCUAGCCACAGCGGCAACUGCAGCAGCAGCAUACUUCGUGGUGAAGCCUCCAUUGCAGCUCCGGGCAGAUGCCAUGGCGCUGUUGGAGUCGGCACAAAAGCAGCGCUUGCUUUUGCAGUCUUUAGCUGGAAUCGCCUGUUUGAGAGCAUGUCGCUCAACAGUAAAGCCAAGUGAUAUUUGUGUCACAGUGGAGCUUAACGCGACUCUGGCUCCUCCUGCAUGCCCACAGAAUAAGUUUUCGCGCGAACUCGGGGUUUUUAGCUAUGAAAGGUUUGUCCUUGCAAUUCCGAAUUGUGCUGCAGCCACACCAGCAACGGACGCUGAAAGCUUACUGCUUCACAACACUCUUUUAAAUGCCACUUUGCCAAACGCCAGUUGUGCAACAACUCACACAGGUGCUCUUCAGGCCUCGAAAAACCAUAAGUGUCAAGAAGGCGAGGCAGACAAGACCGGUGUUGCACUGGUGGUGCCAGCCAGAGUAUUAUUACAAGACCGCCCUGAAUCAAAGCCUCACGUUACCGCUCCAGUCGCUAUUUUAGGGGCACUAAUAUCUCAAAGCCCAGAGCGAGAAACUUUGAACGGUGACACAACGGUUAAGGUUCUUGCAAAGACCAGAACUCUUGGGCUUGAGGAAGGUUGCAAGGCAGUCCGUAUCGAAUUUACACGCGAAACUCGCGCGAAUAGAGAAGGAACGCCACAAGCAGUCCCUGACUCUAACUGGGAGGUUGAUCUCAUACAAAUUUUGAGACUCUCCUUUGGUAAUUUCGCCUACCAUCAAGCACCUGGCGUCGGACCACCACGCACGAAACUAUUGCCAGUUUUGUGUCAGGCGUUGCAAUCAUUUAUGCGAGGCUGCGCGCUGCCUGUUCAGCUACUAGCUCCUGGAGCUUGCCGAGAUCAGGCUCAGGAAUUUUUUAUGAUCCCCCGUCAGUGUAAGUCUCACACAGUGGAUCGAAAUAUGAGCAUACAGAAUCAGUAA